AUGGCUGUGCCCAUCCUGGAUGAGGAAACGGUGGCCUACUUUGACAGCAAGACUAGAAAGAUAGAGAUCAGGCUGGAGUGGGUACUGGACAAAGUGAAGGACAGGAUCCAUACACUCCAGCUAAUGCUCGGCUGUGAGGUCAAUGAAGAUGGAAAAGCUGGAGAUUUCAUGGAGUUCGGUUAUGAUGGAGAGGAUUUCACCAGCCUGGACAUAAGCACCCUCACCUGGAUUGCUCACAGCCCACAGGCUGUUAUCUUCAAUUCCCGCUGGAACAACCGGCCAGAAGUUGCUCGGUUUUGGAAAGGAAUACUGGAGAAUCAAUGCUAUGACCAGUUGCAGGUGGCAGUUGACGUCGGCAGAGAGAUCCUUGAGAGGAAAGUCCCUCCUGAGGUCUCUCUGCUCCGGAGGGACCCCUCCUCUCCUGUCAUCUGUCUUGCCACCGGUUUCUUCCCCAAAGGAAUUGUUGUGUCCUGGCAGAAAGAUGGAGAGGACCUGCAUGAGGAUGUGGAGCUGUUGGAGACGGUGCCCAAUGUGGACGGAACGUUCCAGACCAGAAGCAGGCUGACAGUCUCACCUGCAGACCUGAAGGAGCACAAGUUCAGCUGCAUUGUGGACCACAGCAGCCUGGAGAAGAUGAUUAUCAAGCCUGUAACUGAGGAGGAGAUAAAGACCAACCAGGAUCCAGAGAACUCUCUGCCUGUCGGCAUAAUCAUUGCUGUUGUGCUAGCAGUUCCUCUCGUGGCCAUCGCUGCCUUUGCUUGGUACUGGAAAUUCAGGAUGAGAACAGCUGGAAACAUGGAAGAGGUGCUGGAGAUCAAAGCUGGCCAGUAA